UCUCAUUCUCUACUGACUGAGCCAGCCAGGCAUCCCUGUUAUCUUCAUUUUAUUAAUGAGGAAAUUUUGACAGAGAAGUAAUUACACAAAAUUUCACAUCUGGUAAAUGGGAAGAGUCAGGAUUUAAACCCUGGCAGUCUAUCUCUACAAAGUUUAAGUUGAUCAUGUCUAUGUUAUUUCUCAUUGAAAAAAUUUUGAUUAUACAAAAGGUUGAAAAGAAAGUAAAUUCCAUUGACCUUUCCCCAUUCCCAUUUCCCAGGAGUAACCAUUGUAAUAGUUUCUUGUGUAUCCUUCCAUAUCCUAUUUGCAUAUACGAAGCAGAGGUGUAUGACUGUUAAAAACACACAUACAUAUGGAGUUAUAGUGAACAAGCAUAAACUAUGCAAAAGAUCAAGUAAAACUACUCUUUAAUGCUCUGAGAGGUACUACAAAGCCAGAGAAUGUGGUAAUUAAAAAAAAAAUCUGAGUUACUCUAUGCAUACCUUCUGUGAUUUUGUGGUUUCUGCCUGUUGGAAAUUGUCCACAUUGAAAGUAAACAUUGAUUGUGAUUUCUUUCAGGACAUUGCUAGUAUUACUGGCUCUCAUAAAACAGAGCAGCGGAAUGCUGAUCUUACAGGAGAUGAGACUUCACGUCUUUUUGUAAAGAAAACAAUAGUAGUGGGCAAUGUGUCCAAGUACAUACCUCCUGAUAAGAGAGAAGAAAAUGACCAGUCAACCCACAAGUGGAUGGUAUAUGUCCGAGGGUCUCGUAGAGAACCCAGCAUUAAUCAUUUUGUCAAGAAAGUUUGGUUCUUUCUUCAUCCCAGCUAUAAACCAAAUGACCUUGUGGAAGUUAGAGAGCCUCCUUUUCACCUCACCAGAAGAGGCUGGGGCGAGUUUCCUGUUAGAGUUCAAGUUCACUUUAAAGACAGCCAGAACAAACGGAUAGAUAUCAUACAUAAUCUGAAGCUGGAUAGAACUUACACUGGCCUGCAGACUCUUGGAGCAGAGACGGUAGGUUUUUCCUGCAGUAUUAUUUGGGAAUAAGUAGAAUGAAAAUUGAUCUUCAUUUUUAACUGGAAAAAAACGAGUGCUGAAUUUUUUAAAGAGUUUUUCUUCUCCCUUUUUAAAUAAAAAAAAAUGAUUAAAAUGCACAUAAAGUAUCAUUUUAACAAUGUUUAAUUGUACAGUUAAGAGGUAUUAAAUAUACUCACAUUUUUGUGCAUGUAUUGCUAUCAUGCAUCUCCAGAACUCUUUUCCUCUUGGAAAACUGAAACUAUCCCCAUUUACAGUAACCAUUCCCCUUUCCUUUCAACCCCUGGCAAACACCCUUCUACUUUGGGUCUCUGUGAAGUUUUGACUACUCUAGGCAUCAUAUAAGUGGAAUUAUGCAGUCUUCUUUUUUUUUUUUUUUUUUUUGAUUGGCACAUUUUACUUAGCGAAAUGUUCUCAAGGUUCAUCUGUGUUGUGGCGUGCAUCACAAUUUUCUUCCUAAAAAAGGCUGAAUAAUAUUCCAUUGUAUGUAUAUACGUUUUGUUUAUCCAGUGAUCUGUUAAUGAACACUUGAGUUGCUUACAUCUUUUGGUUAUUUGAAUAA